CACACACGGAAAAGUGCUGGGUCGCGCGAGAAAAACUGUGGAAAAUUCAUUUAAAUAAUUGGAAAAUAUUCAGCAAAUACAAUGUACAGUGCUUGAGCGACGGCGAGAUUCGAGUAGCAUCUGAAGGGAUCCAGUGCAGACGCGGGUGGUAUGCUACCGGAUGGCCAGGGCAGGUGGCCAAAACCGAGCUAACGGGAUAUGUGGUGCAAACGUGGUGCGUGCGUGCCUGUGAGUGUGUGAUUGUGUGAGUGUGUGAGUGCAGCUGCAAAGUAGGCUAAGAAAAUCGCAUCGCAUCGCAUCGCCUGGUAUUUAUGUCGCGCUCCCGCUGGAUCGACCACCAUCAUCAGCAGUUAGUAGAUCAUUGGACUCCGAGGAAAGCGCCGCUCAAUCAUGGCCUGGUCCCGUCUCCUGGCCUGGUGGCGCCUCUGCCUGGGCCUGCUCUCCGUCUUGGUCUGCUUGGCACCGUGCGUCAAUCUGCAGCCAGCCGAGAACAUCAACUACAAUCUCGUUCAUUCGUGGGCCGACAAAUUGGGCAUGGAGCUGUUUCAUCUGGGCGAUUUCAUCACCAGGCGCAAGGAGGUGCAAGAGAGUUUCAAGGAUGCAAAGGUUGUUUCGCGCAACGGCGCCUCCAUCGUCGAUUCGAUGGCCAAGGAAAUCGAAAUGAUGAUGGACCUGAAAGUCAGUGCAGUGAGGCGAAUCAUGGACACGGCUGAGAACACGGCGUUGUCGCACCAGAACGACAUGGCGGACAAGAUGUUCUCCUAUUACAAUGCCAAGGAGAUGCUGGAGCCCGGCGAUCCCGUACCGCCCAUUCCCACCCCGGCUCCCGACAUGGACAAGGACAUUGGCGAGCCGCUGAUCUACGUCCGGCCGAAGGAGGUGGUGCUGGAACCGCGUCCGGAAUUCCACAACACUCCGGUCAACUUCAGCGUGAGCUCGGUCCACGUGCCGGUCAAUGUGUUCGAUCGAGCACCGGAUGUGAUAAAAGCAAUUCAGUGGUCGGAGAAUUUGGAUCAGAUAUUCCGAGACAAUUACAAAAACGAUCCGACAUUGUCGUGGCAAUUCUUUGGCAGUUCGACUGGCUUUAUGCGUCAAUUCCCUGCAUCGAAGUGGCGAAAGGACGUACCGGUCGAUCUAUACGAUUGCCGACUACGCUCCUGGUACAUGGAGGCGGCGACGAGUCCGAAGGAUAUUGUUAUCCUGAUGGAUGGAUCCGGUUCAAUGUUGGGACAGAGGCUAGAUAUCGCAAAGCAUGUUGUCAAAACGAUACUCGAUACAUUAGGUACAAAUGACUUUGUGAACAUCUUCACCUUUGAUAAGGAAGUGAGCCCAGUCGUCCCAUGUUUCGAAGACACACUGAUUCAAGCCAAUCUGGGCAACAUACGCGAACUGAAAGAAGGGAUUGAUCUGUUUAGACCCAAAUCGAUCGCCAAUUAUACCGCUGCAUUGACAAAGGCAUUCGAGCUAUUGGAAGAGACCAAGUUGAGUUCGCGCGGGGCGCAGUGCAAUCAGGCGAUCAUGAUCAUUGGCGACGGGGCGCCGGAGAACAAUCGCGAGGUCUUCGAGUUGCACAAUUGGCGGGACCCGCCGUACAAGCCGGUCCGUGUGUUCACCUACCUCAUUGGCAAGGAGGUGGCCAAUUGGGAUGAUAUACGGUGGAUGGCGUGCGAGAAUCAGGGCUACUACGUCCACCUCAGCGAGACCGCCGAGGUGCGCGAGAUGGUCCUGAAUUACAUACCGGUUAUGGCCAGGCCGCUCGUCCUGGGCAGGCACGAUCAUCCGGUAAUAUGGUCGCAGGUCUAUGCGGACAUCGAGGACACGAAAAUAUCCGACUAUCUGUGGGACAUCAACCAGUGCGAGAACCAGAAGGCCGAUGUUCUCGAGUACUGGAAGGUGCAGGACCGGAUGCUGGAGCCCAGCGAAAUGCACCGCCGGAAGUACAGAAGGAUGAAGGAUACCUGGGACCAGCCCCUGGACCCGAAGAUGUACCAGUUCAUGACCACCGUAUCGAUGCCCAUCUACGAUCGUCGCGAGAACGCGCUCAUUAAUCUAACGACCGAUAUAAAUCCGGCUGCGAAAAUAAACCUUCAAGUUACUAGGAUUGCGAAUAUAUUGGGCGUGGCCGGCACGGAUGUGCCCAUCAAUGAAAUCAAAAAGCUGCUGUCGCCGUUCGCGCUCGGCGUGAAUGGCUAUGCGUUUAUAGUAACCAACAAUGGUUAUGUACUAUUCCAUCCAGACUUUCGUCCAGUUUUCCAAGGCUACAUAUUAAAGCCAGCAUACAAUAGCGUUGACAUGAUUGAAGUCGAGCUAUUGGAUGACGAUCGAGCCGCCAGAGACUUUAAUCCAGUGCUGAUGACGAUAAGAGAUUCUAUAAUCAAUCAAUCGACAGGCAGCAAAUGGAUGUUGGUCAAAAAUCAUUUCGAUGACAUGAAACGGGUGGCACGCAUAAAGCGACAAUACUACUGGACGGCCAUCAAGAAGACCCCCUUUACUCUGGUCAUUUCCUAUCCGGAGCAGUACGGCGUGAGUCACAUGGACAUCCGAGCUGACCAGGAGAUCCAUCGCAUAAGCAUAAAGGGCACCAACUUGCGCAGCGUUUUCAGUGGCAAGCGGUGGAAAAUACAUCCCGAUUGGCUAUUCUGUAAGCACAGCAACCGGACAUUCAAAACGCCAGAGAUCGAACUGCUGUACUUUCUCGAGCGUAUGUCCGAGCCUGGCUGGCGAUGGCCGGGAAGUCGGAGUGCAAUGCCCCCGGAGCACGCGGCCGCCAUGUUCUCUAACAACUCAUCAACCGGCCGUUAUCCAUCAAUCAAUGAAAAAGAAAGCUACUAUUGCGAUCGGCAGCUGAUGCAAGCUCUAGUUUUCGAUGCCCGAGUGACCGGGUGGUUCUCCAACAACACCAGCUUCAACUCCAAGGACGACAAGGGCACAAGCGCAUCAAGCCCAAUAGCUGUUCUAAUGGGUUUGCUGCCAAGAAACGAAUUCAAGCAGCGUUUUGGCGUCACCGUCGCCUUCUUGGCCACCCACAGUGGCCUCACCCGCUGGCAUGAGUUCCACUCGAAUGCUGCCGAGGAGUCCGGAGUCGGCGAGACUUUUAGCCAGAAUAACACGCGGGCCAUCGAUGAGAUUUGGUACAAACGCGCCGUGGACCAACACUUUGUGCGGGAGGAGAGCUUUGUUUACUCCGUGCCCUUCGAUGCGGGUGAGAGCAACUCAGAGAUCCUGGUGACCGCCAGUCACGCCGUCUUCCACAAUGAGGGCGGCAAGACGGCACCGGCGGCUGUUGUGGGCUUCCAGUUUCAGCACUCGGCGCUCUACAAACUCUUCCACAACAUCACCGGCAAUGCCUGUGCCGUGGAUGACAAAGACUGCUAUAUACUGGACAACAAUGGCUAUGUGAUCAUUUCGACGAGGGUCCACGAGACGGGGCGCUUCUUUGGCGAGGUGAACGGAGCGAUCAUGAAGCGUCUGCUGGAGGAGAAUGUCUACACACAGGUCACCGUCUACGACUACCAGGCGGUGUGCUUCGAGUCCAAGAACGACAACAACGCCUCCAGCAUGCUGCUAUCGCCCCUGUUCCAUCUGCUGCGCGUGGGCAAAUGGCUGCUGCAUACGGCGCUGUGGUAUAUUGUACAACUGUUGCAGUGGGCGCCCGGAGUGUCCAGCCACUAUGCGGACAUGUACGGCGACUCCAACGACACGGAGCCACCGCCGCCGGAGCCGCAUCCGGAGCACCAUGGCCGCAACGGCAAUGGGCAUGGGAAGAAGGACGAUGAACUCUGGCUGCGCUACUUGACGCUCCAUCGCACGCGGCUCAAGCCGUGCGACAUGAAGCGCGAACUGUUCACGCUGUUCAACGAGAAGGACAACGUUGUCUACAAUAUGACAGCCCAUGCAUGUGAGCGGCCAUUUGUCGUCCUGCCCAUCCCGUUCAGCAACCUCAUCCUGCUGGUCAUCGACCAGCUCUGUCCCAGGGACGGCUCCGUCGUCCUCACGGUCAAUCCGCAGCCGAUCGACUACCACCUGUCGGUCAACGACUCGCUGGCCUGCUACAAGCAGGCUCGGGAGUUCAACCGCAUGCGACCCCACAGCUGCAUCAGUCGGCACGCGAACGAGAGCGGCAUCAAGCUGUGCGGAAAGGCCUGCUCCGUGUACGCGAACCUGGGGCUGCUGCUCCUCUGCCACAUACUGAGUCGCUGGCUGUAACGGCGGUCGAUGGACUUAGCUUAGAUCUAGGCAAUAUGUUUUUGUAUUAUAUACGAAGGGCAAUCCAGGAGGUGGUACAUUUUUUACUCUAACGCUUGAGCGCAGUUCAAUAUUUUUGGAUUUUUGGUCACCUAGAGAAACUUUUCCAAAUUAGUUCUUAAGUAGCUAAUUACGAGUAUCCGUAUCCGUAUCCGAAUCUGGUGCGGGAUGCGCAUCAGCGAACGCGGACAGUGUGUGCCGCCUAUGACGGACUGGGCGCAGGGCUUAGUGUAGACCUUCCAAUAGACAGGACAAAAAUAUAUUUACUGCAUAAACAUAUGAAUAUUAUAUAUAUUGUAUAACUGAAAAUUCCAACAACGGCCUUAAACGACUUGCAACCUUCAAGUGAGCUGAAUGCAAAGCGCUGUCAUCCAGGCGACAAAACUUAUGGCACACACUGUACCCAAUGCCGACUACUGCCCAUGGUUAUGUGUGUGUUUGAGUGUGUGUAUGUGUGGGUGUAUGUAUGUAUAGUGUGUGUGAGAGUUAGUCCUAAUCUAAGAAGGCCACAUUUGUAAGUAACACCUAGCUACGAGUUUAUGUUUAAAGAACGGAUCAAGAAACCUAUCGGUAAAGGCGAAUAAUGGAACCAUUUAAAUAUAUAUACACACUCAUACGAUAAUACGAUAUAUACCUACGAGUACGCCCGGUACUGUACAUGCUAACUAAUUUAAGUAGCUUUUGUAUAUUUGCUUAGCCUAGCCCAUUGAAACCGAAACAGAAACUAACCGAAAGUUCAGCCUCGGAGCCUUGGAAACGACAUACAUACUUUUAUAGACAUGCGUUAAAAGAUGUUGUAGGCCACUCAAGAAGAACAACCAAAACCAACAAAUUACGAAGCGAAAAUGGAAAUGGAAAAGUGAAAAAGAAAAGAAAACCGAUCUAAGGGCAUUGUUUUUAUAUAUACACUGAUGAUGACGAUACCUAGCAUUACCCACAAGUACCUACAUAUAUGAGAAAUACUUUUUAUUACUAACUACUUGAUAUGAGCCACAGAACUGAGCCGAGGUCACAGACGAAGAGUCAGAGACGUCAGAGUAAAAGCAGCAGCAUCUAGCGGCUAAAUUAUUAAUAAUACUACACUUAAACAUUGACUAGUUGAAAUUUACCAUGACAAACUAUCGUACAUCUAGACAAACUCUCCUCCGAUCGGAGCCGAACUCGCUAAGCUUUAGCCCCACAUGUCCCCAUGGUAGUGUAAUCAACUUGUGCCAUUCGAACUGCCUAGAAUUUGUUAUUAACUAUUUAAUAUGGAGCUCCAGAGCGCCGUUUCAGAUGCGACUAUCUGGAAAUCGGGAAAUCCGUUCGCCCUCUCGCAGGUUGUUUCACUCCCCCUCUACCCUCUAUUCAUUUUGUACAUUUCGAUUGAAAGUAGGGUAAAGCAAAUCUCAAACUAUACCAAGCUUGCAGGCGCCUCUUCACCAGAACAUUUAGCCCGAUCUCAAGUUUAAACUCUCCUCACAAACAAACGAAACAAAAGAAACAAACACAUUCGCUGGCAGCCACAAUUGUACUACAUACAUAAACAUAUUUCGAAUUCAAUCAAAUACAAGUAAAACCAUUUGUCUAAUGUGCUAAAAGAAGAA